GAAAGAGUGGAUGAGAGAGAGAUCUUCCUAACACCCAAAGACCAGGAAAGAUUCAAACAGGAAUUGAGAAACUCUUGAAAAUGCUACUGCUCACUAUGGUCCUCAUGAUAUCAGUCUCACUUGGACAGACCUAUCCCACUGGGCCCUAUACCAAUUACCGGGAUGAUGAGAGUCGUGUGGAGGAAGCCCUUCGGGCUCUGGAGGGAACAGACACGCUUCCCACUCCUGGACCUCCAGCCUCCAGACUUUCGCUCCUUCUCCCCGUGGAGGUGGUCCACCCCCAGCAAGACUCUGCCCUGCCCAGGAGGCCCUGGUGGUGGUACCCAGAAAUGCCUCAUCCAGAAGUGAAGAGGAGGCAUAAUCUUGCGUCCUAUAACCUCAAUUCCUUUGGCCUUCGCUAUGGGAAGUAGAACAGCCGCAGUGCAAAAACAUUACAUGGUGAACAGAGGAAGCUCAGUAACGCAUUCCUGGAAGAGUCCACAGGAACUUAAAAUUACUACAUCAUGUAAGUGCAGUUCAAGAAAGGAUUGUGGCGUCAAGGAUUGUGUGUCCUUUUAUUACACUCAAGUGAACAUCAAAACACAGAAUGGAUCUUACAGACUGGAAAUUACACUUUCAUCUCUUAGUUCAAAGGAUUCUGGGCAGUACAUUUUUUGGCUAAAUAAAUACCGUAAAGAGGAAUUGUUUCUUCAUGUAU